AUGGCUAAAUGCACCAAGAAGGUCGAGAUCAUUGGGAAAUAUGGGACCCGCUAUGGUGCCUCCCUCCAGAAAAUGGUGAAGAAAAUUGAAAUCAGCCAGCAUGCCAAGUACACGUGCUCCUUCUGUGGCAAGACCAAGAUGAAGAGACGAACCGUCAGCAUCCGGCACUGUGGUUCCUGCAUGAAAACAGUGGCUGGCGGGGUCUGGACCUACAACACUACUCUUCCGUCACAGUGA